AAAUUAGUAAUUCAACACUUUUUAAUUGAGGUCCCAGUUUUUUUUCCCAAAAAAUGGCAUUCUAACGAAUAAUUCAGGCCAAACUUGGAUUAGGCAGUGUAUACGUUUUUUUCGGGUUAGUCCACUAUUUAGUAUUAAGGGUGUUGUUAUUGAGUUCGACCAGAUUAGUCGAUAUGCCUUAUAAAAAAAUCAGAGAAAACAAAAAUUAUUUGUUUUAAACAUGAAUAUUUGCAUUAGUAUUUUGUCCACUAAUUAAAACAAUCGAUACAUCAACAACUCCAAGGUUUUGUUUGUUUAGAAAAAUGCUUCAGAUAAUUUAUUUAAUAAUGUUUUGUAUAUAUAACUAGUUUUUACUAUAUGUUUUUUUCCAAUAAAAGGCUACUCCAGCCUAAGAAGAAUCCGAGUCCGCUACAUUAAUCAUAGCUGAUGACGUACUUCUACAAGCACAACUUGUCAGCCAUUGUGUUUUUUUCUUUUAGAAUGUGUGGGAUUGUAAAGUUUGGGAAGAAACGCUUACAUCGCAAAAACUACUUCCAUAUAUGUAGUGAACGUCGGUUAUUGUGUUGUUGUAGACACCAUCUUCACCAAUUGAAAACAAUCUAUUGCAAACACCACUUCUGAAAAUUGUAGGGUCUUCAUGCAUUUCAUUGCCUAAAUCAACGCUUCACAUUAAGCAUGUAAUAUGCUUAAUGUGAUAGACUUCUACGGUGGCUCCCAUCAAUAUGUUUUUAAUAAUAUUAAUAUGAAAACCCUAUUAGUUAGUAUAUAUAAAGCUCAUUAGUUUGCGUAGAAUGUGGUUUAUAAACUUUUGAUAUAUUUUUACAUUUCUUUUCAUAACCAGAAUAUGUAAGACCAAAAACCAGACUAAUUUCCAGAGAACCUGUUUGUGAUAAAUCUUUUAGCAAAUAUAAUUUAAACAUAAGGUCAUGUUCUUAUGCCGUCCAACAAAAUUAUUCAUAUAUUAUAAGCGUAAGAGCUGAGGCGCAUGAACUAUUAGCUUUAUCUCCUCCCGAAAGGUUAAUCAAUGACUCCCUCUCUCCACGUCUACAUAAACCCUCUUUUUCAUUUGGCCUUCCACUCAUAUGCAAACAAACAUAUAUAAAUAUAAAAUGAAGCCACAAAAGUAUUGCAUUACAACAUAACCCUAACACAGUUGUAUGUCGACUUAGUCUCUCAUCUUCCCCGAGAAAGAGAGAGAGAGAGACAAAAAACGACUUUUAUUGGCCUAUACAUAUUUCGGAUAUACCUUUUGCCGAUCCUCAGCCGUGCAUUAUCGAUAUAUAUCAAUAAGCUGCAAACACAAAAUAUGGGAUUAAUGGAGGCAAGAUGGGAAAACAUAGUUCCAUUUAUAGCUAUGGCAUUGAUGGAGGCAUGUACCAUAGCACUCACCAUCUUGGCUAAGACCGCAUUAACCGGUGGCAUGAGCCCUUUUGUGUUCAUCGUCUAUACCAAUGCUCUUGGCUCUCUCCUUCUCCUCCCUUACUCGUUCUUCUUCCAUAGAGAUGAAAGGGACGACGAACCGUUCCUCACGAAGCCUUCCGUUGUUCGUAUCUUCCUACUCGGGUUUACAGGGGUGUUUCUGUACCAAAACUUGGCAUUUUUGGGGCUAAGUUAUAGCUCUCCAAUUGUGGUAUGUGCCAUGGGCUUGCAAUCACCUGCUUUCUCCUUUUUGCUCUCUAUUGCUCUUGGGGAAGGAGGGUUAGGGUGGGAAUGUAAGAGAACAAGAGGAAGAGUGAUAGGCACGUUGAUAUGCUUCACAGGAGCCUUUGUAGAAGUUAUUUACUUAGGCCCUUUUAUUAGACCUUCUCCUUCUUCUUCUCCAAACUCCAAUUUCCUCACUACAAUCUCACACUACUUGACUUUCUUCAAGAACUCUGACAAUUGGGCUCUCGGCUCACUCUUUCUAGCAUGUGCCACACUCUCAAUCUCCAUCUGGAAUAUCAUACAGUUGGACACCGUACAGAAAUAUCCUCAAGUGAUGAAAGUAGUGUCUGCCUAUAGCUUAGCUGGGACACUACAAUGUGCAAUCUUCUCAGCGUUCAUGGAGCCAGACUUAAGUGCAUGGAAACUCGAACUUAACAUGGAUUUCUAUCUUAUUAUUGCCACGGGUAUAUUUGGGAGCAUAAUAAGAACAAGUGUUCAAGUGAAGUGUUCAAAAAUGAAAGGGCCUUAUUAUGUGCCAUUAUUUAAGCCAUUUGGGAUCCUUUGGGCUUCCAUUUUCGGCACAAGCUUCUUUGUCAAUAGUCUUCACUAUGGAAGUGUGUUAGGAGCGGCAAUAGCAGGAACCGGAUAUCUAUUGAUAAUGUGGAGUCAAGUUCAAAGAGAUGUUCAGAAGGAUAUGGUGGAGGAAAAAGUUAAUCAUCAGUUGGAUUCAGAUGAUCAGAUAACGCCACUUUUGCUCGGAAAUGGUGAUGUCGAUCAAGUUUAAUCCAAAAGGAUUGUUUGCAGAUUAGUUAUAAUGUGUGUGUAUAUUAAAUAUGAAGGGUAAGUAAAUCGAAAGAAUAAACAAAAAAAGGUAUACCGUGAAAGAACAUAUAUAUAUUAUAUAUUGAACUCUUGUUGUAGUUCUUUCUUUAUUUGCAAGGAAUGUAUCAAAAAGUCUAUAAAUUUUAAGGGGAUUAUGAGUUAUACUUUUGAUUAUUUUAUUUUUUUGGUGGCAACCUCGAGUGUGGAGGAUUAGUGAAUAUAUGUCAGUAAGCUGAAACCACUUAAAGGUACAUCAAUUUGGGUCUCACAAUAGUCUACUCCGAAAAUUGGUUCAUGAUCUAUCCUGGUUACAAAAGAAAAUAAAUCAUUUACUAAUGAAGGACAGCUUACACAUCUUCUUGUAUUAUUUUGUCUUCCUAGAACAAUAUAUAUACAUAUAUAUAGAGAGAGAUAAAUACAGGGUAUUAAAAACAAUUAAUUAGUUCUUAGGAGUAUAAACAAAUCGUACCAAAAAUACUUACACAAUCAAACUUAGGAAGUUGUGUGUUUUCUUUUAGUAUUUCUGGCCAUGAUUAACGUUGCUUGAAGUGUCUACUGGUUAAGGAGAUUAUGAUGUUAAGAAAAUGUUGUACAAUAAAUAAAACUUUGUAUUUUUUUCUUUGGAAAUUGAAGCAACUUGGGCCACCAUCGCGUAGAGGAGCAGGCCGCGGUCCACGACCAAUGAGACCGCCAAUUGGAGAGUGAGAUGGACCGAUAAAUUGUCUGAUUUGAUCGGUCCAUCCAUUUGUGAAAUAAAUUUUUUGAUCCAGUUUAGUUUGGUUGAACCAGUUUGGUUUAACCUGCUAUUUAUAUGUUCUUAAGGCCAAAAACCUAAUUCAUUUCCUUUUUUGUUAAGAACACUUUGUAAACUUUAUAAUUUUAUAAUUUGUAAGCAUUUUCUUCAUAGAUUCUUGUGUUUAUUGUGAUUAUCUUUCAAUCUACAGUGUUUAUUCUAAACUUAACAUGUGUUUAGUGAUUUAUACGCUGAUUAGCGAGUAAUCACUUGUUAGAUUCAUGGAUAAGGUAAAUUAGGCUGAUUUAGUAAAGAUUUAAGAUGAUUAGUGCUUAAUAUAUAUAAUUCUUACUUAACUGGUGUGUUUUAUGCUAGAUUAAGAUUGAUAAAUCAUGAAUCUAGUUCAUAGGCUGUUUCAUGUCCGGUAGGUGCUCGAUUCUGUCUGGACCGUUUCAAUAAACUAUUUAACCCACGGACAUCAUUCAGUCUUCUAUCAAAACGGAAAAUCCCUUAUUUUUCCUUCUGGUGGUAUUAAAGCACGAGAUCACAUGAUUUUGAUAUGAUCACUUAUGCACGAGUGAAAUGUUUCAAACCACAACCCAUUAGCAACAAUUAUUUCUAGCCUAAACAAGACCACUUGCUCAGCCCUAAUUCUCUUCCAAGAGAAAAAGCCUCUUGAGUGUGGCAGGUCACAGAGACUGCCUUCAAAAAAGGUAUAUUCUGAGAAUUAUGUCGGUUCAGCAAUACCUGCCAAACAUGUUUGUGUUUUAACUUAUAUGUGUCUCCAUAGACAACUUACAUACAAGAUACAUAUGUCAAUAAAGGUUUUUAUACGAGAAACAACUUCACUCUCUAAUUCAUUUUUUCUUAAAACAAUGCAAGCCCUCCAUUCCCAUGACCCGUAGGAGCUUCUAAACAGUAGUUGGUAUAGAUCUCCGACUGAGCUUGCCGGAGAACAAAGUUGUCGGGACUUUUUAUCUCUGAGAGGAAUAUUACGUCAGGAGGAAUAUGUCUAUAUAUCUCCCUCCAUCUUUGAACUGUCAAGAGAUUAUCCAAAUCUUAACAAUCCUAAUUCGUAAUUUUUAAGGAACUAAACUUGGUGGAUUCCAAAAAUCCACUGUUUUCUUCACUGUUGAUGGAAUAAUUUGACACGUAUGCUGUCCACCAGCAGAACUUUCUCCACGUUACAUGGGAUAUUCUGUCCACCCCUUGAGGCUUUAACUUUCUCCUUACUGCAAGGGAUGGUGACAGAAGUCACCUUUCUUUUAGGAGAUCCAUGAACUUGUGCAAUCUUUCUUUUCUUUGAACUUGAUCCUUGAAGUCCAACAUGAGGCGUGGGUAGUUUCUUCUUUGCUAGAGGUCUGCCCAGACAUUUCUUACCAGGGACUAUACCCCAAUCACUUAUUGAUGCCAUGACAACAUUUUCCACAAGUUCUAAGCUUUUAUACACAUAUAAUCUGUACUGCUCUCGAGAAUGCACCACAGUAAGAUGUCUGCUGCUUUGUCCUUCAAAUUCCGCAGCAGUCGCUCUUGCAUGCAGUAUCUUCCAUUUCUCCAUUUUCUUCAGCAAACCUUACUUUUUCUCUUUCCGCAACGCUCUCCGUUAGAUCAGCACAUCUUACAUACUAGAUCAUAACUUACCUAAGCUCUUCCUUAUCUUAACCAAAGCUCCUUUUAAGUUCUCUUCUUGGAUGCGGGAUAAAAUUCUUGAUACUGAGAAUUCUGAAACCAGCCUUUUAGGCUCCAUAACCUAUGUCGCAGUUUCUCGAGUAAAUAUCCUUGGGCAAGGCUUUUGUCCCUUCUCUCAACUAUGUCUUUGCUAAACAGAUCCACCAAAUGAGCGGCUCUUCUCUCAGUUUCAACCCAUCUAGAGGAGUGAUUAUGAUAUUAAGAUGAUUUUCCAGUCAACACUAUAUGGUCAUAAGACCUUGAGACCGAACAAUGAUACGCAUCACCUCUAGUAUGUCAAUAAGGCUGAGAUUCCCAUCUUCCAUCAAGCCUAGCAUCCACACGAUCAUCAUGUUUCCUUAUAGGACCACGCCUACUCCCCAUACAACCUUUUUCUAGCUCUCCUCGUGAGAGAAUCUGACUGUUAGAGUUUCUGGUACCAGCCGUUUUUCUUGAGCCUCCGUUGUAGACUCCCAUUUCAAGAGAAUGACCAUCCACUUUGCAAGGUCUAUUAUCAAGGACCUUUUGCUAGUCUAGCGGUCCUGGCAGGAAGCGGAGGAAGCAUCAGCUUCCGGCCGUUUUUAAAAUAGAUAAAUUAUCGGCCUUCGCUUUUACAAAAGUCUCAUUAGUUCAACCGGUAAAAGAUGCAGAGUAAGUAAGUUUGCCGUUCAUGGAUUCGAUUUUCUGUAGCUACAAUUUUUUUCCUUGUUUUCGUAAUUAAUUCUGGCCCAAAAUGUUUUUAAGCUUCCGGCCCAAUGGGUUUUUACAAGUUUCAGGGCCGGACCUCUCUCCAUCAUCUGCAAACUGAAACGGAAAGCAACCUUGACCUAGGUCCACCCUUAUUGAUGUUGAGCUACACUUCCUGAUCAGACAUUCCCGGUGAACACAACAGCCAAGGCGGUAAAAUUUUAUAAACUUUCGACUUUGGAUAAAACCCACGUGAAAAAAAAAGUUUUUAACGUACCUUUUUCCACGCAUCAAUUUCUUUUUAUAAUCCAGUUAUUCUGUUAAGACAAUUAUAGAAAAUCUUCACAAACGUAUACUGGCUCAGUAUGUGUAAAAAUUGAGUUACAGCAUCAAUAUCUUCAUUUUCUCAAAAAAUAAAGAACAUCAAUAUCUUCAUUGUAAAUACUCCUUUCCCUCCGUUCUCGAAAAUAAGAUUUUCUAGAUUUUAUUCUUAUUUCAAAAAGAUAGAUUUUCUAUAUUUUUGAAAUACUUUUGUAUACUUUUGAGAAACAUUAAUUACAAAUAUUUGAAUUGAUUAUAUUUAAUUGGUAGAAAGUAAUUGGAAAGUGUAAAGAAAAAUAAGUAAUAAAUUAAGCUGUAAACAUUUAUUAUAUUUUUAAUAAGCGUGAAAUCUCUAGAAAAUCUUACUUUCGGGAACGGGGUAUAAAAUUGGGAAUAUUUGGCAGAAGAGUAUUUUGUCCCCAUUCCUGACGUUUGCUAACAACUUGAGCAUAAAGCAAAGCAGACAUAACGAAACAAUAUCAUUGGGGCAUGCAUAGAUAAAAACAUCUACGGUUCGGAAAACAAAGAAAGAUGAUUACACCUCACCUGAACUUUACUUGUCGAAUGAUUAUUCUUACUCAGCUUUGUAUUCAAACCACACAAAAGUUAAUUAUUAUUUUUUUUUGUUAAAGGGUUUCACAAAAGUUAAUUAUAAUUUAUAUAGAUACAAUAAAAUAUACUACUAAAACAAAUUAAAUAUAUAGUGAUUGAUAGUGGAUUAAUAAAAUUCGUGAUGAGGAUAUUCCGGGUCGAAUCCAACGACUACCCUAGUUUAGUCUCUGCGUAGCUACCUUUGUAAUCAGAGUUUAAAGCAUAAUUAUUUGAAACCACUUCUACUUUACUCUUAUAUAAAAUAUGUAUUUAUUUAUACACACAACAAUACAAAAAGUUAUUAAAAACAAACAAACAAUAAUACAAAAUGUUGGAGUGCAUAUCUGUUAGGAUUGAUAAUUAUAUAUACAAUUAAUACACAUUGUAUCAUGUCAUCAAAUUAUACAUGAUCAAAAGUUCAGUGAAGCUAAAUCAACACUAAAUAAAUUGUUGUAUUUUUUUUACUCAGUCAACUAAUGUGACAAUGAAAGUAGAAUCUAUUUUUAAACUUAACUUGGUUGUGGGUUGCGAUGUUCAAUUAAAUCGAUGUAGUGAACAAACUUGAAUAUGAAGUUACAAUCGUCAAAGACAUUUUUAAGUUGAGAAACAAAUUAAAACCCUCCCAACACCUUCACAUGGCGCACACACACUCUCUAGCCGUUGUAUCAGAUCAUAUGUACACACAUGUCAACAAAUUAAUGUGUAAAUAUUAGCUAAAUCCUCGGAAUUUCAAUUUGUUCUUUUGUUAAGUACUCCUAUAUAUUUAAUUAUCCCAAUAUUUUUCACCUACAAGUCCAAGAUGCUCUGGAAAGUAGCUGGUUUUGUUUGUGUUUAACGAAAGUAAGAGAUUAUUAUAAUUUACGAUGUUGGGUGGAUGAAGAACAAAAAGACAUAUUUUGCGAUCCAAAAUCUUGAUUGCUUGCGUGUUGGUCGCUGUACAAGCGUAAACGUGAUUAUCCGUAUAUAGGCAAAUCUGAAUUUUAACUUUAGUUAUUAAUCUUUUUUACGAAAAAAUUGAAGAAAAUUAAUUAAUGAGAUAUUAGGUAGGGUCGUGGGGAUGUAUGUAUCUCAGGAGCACCCUUUUUAAUUUUAAAUUUUUCACCAAAAAAAAUUUUAAGUUUAGUUUUAAUUUUUGUUGUUCCAAUUUUUAUUAUGAUUUGAAGGACAAACUUAAUCACUAUUCAUGAGUCAUUCUUUACUAUACAUUCUUUGUUAUUCUAACAUCAUUACUAAUUAAUAAAAAUAUACAU